AUGUCGGCUGAUCCACAAAAGAUUGAAGAUGAUACUGAUGAAAUGAAUAUUAUGGUGGCUGUGAGGUGUCGUGGGCGCAAUAAACGUGAGAUCAAAUCCAAAAGCUCAGUGAUUGUCUCGGUUCCAGACGUGAUGGGCUCAAAUGAGAUCUCCAUUAACACGUCAGAUGAUAUAGUGAGUGGAUUGACAGCACAAUUGAAUUCAAAAACAUAUACCGUUGAUAAAGUAUUUGGACCAAGUGCAAACCAAAGGCUCAUAUUCGAAGAAAUUGCAGAACCUCUGUUUAAUGAUUUUUUAAGAGGUUACAAUUGUACUGUUUUAGUAUAUGGAAUGACCUCUACAGGUAAGACUUAUACUAUGACAGGUGAUGAAAAAUUAUAUAAAGGUGAUUUGAGUGAUUCGGCUGGUAUUAUCCCUCGUGUUUUAUUUAAAUUGUUUGAGACUAUUGAGUUUCAAAGCGAUAAUUAUGUUAUUAAAUGUUCUUUCAUAGAACUGUACAAUGAAGAAUUGAAAGAUUUAUUAAUUGAUUCAAAUAAUACAAAAUUAAAAAAAUUAAGAAUAUUUGAUUCAAAUUUAUCAAAAUCAUCAAAUAAUAAUAAUAUCUCAAGACAAAAUUCACAUUUUAUAUCAGGUAUGGAUUUAAGGAAAAACCCAAUAAAUCCAAUAAAUAAUUCAAAUGAUAAUACUGCGAUACAAAAUGGUAAUGCAAGUAUUUACAUACAAAAUCUAGAAGAGUUCCAUAUUAAAAAUGCAAGAGAAGGUAUUCAAUUGUUACAAAAAGGUUUGAAGUAUAGGCAAGUGGCAAGUACGAAAAUGAAUGAUGUCUCAAGUAGAUCACACACAAUAUUCACAAUUAAUUUAUAUAAAGAGCAUAAAGGUGAAAUUUUUAAAAUUUCUAAAAUGAAUUUAGUCGAUUUAGCAGGGUCAGAGAACAUUAGUAGGUCCGGUGCACAAAACCAAAGGGCGAAAGAGGCAGGUUCUAUUAAUCAAAGUUUGCUAACCCUUGGGAGAGUCAUCAACUCAAUAGCGGAUAAAAAUAUUCAUAUUCCAUUUCGUGAAUCAAAAUUAACAAGAUUACUUCAAGAUUCUCUUGGUGGUAAUACCAAGACUGCAUUAAUAGCUACUAUUUCUCCAGCAAAAUUAAAUGCAGAAGAAACUUGUAGUACUUUGGAAUACGCUACAAAGGCUAAAAGCAUUAAAAAUAAACCACAAUUAGGAUCAAUAAUAAUGAAGGAUGUUAGGUUGAAAGAUUUAAAUAAUGAGUUAGCAAAAAUAAAACGUGAUUUGACAUCGACAAAACAAAAGGAUGGUGUUUAUAUGACACAGAAUCAUUAUAAAGAUCUCACAAAUGACCUAGAGAGUUAUAAGACAGAAAUUCAAGAAUGUGAUAGAAUAGUGAAAAGUUUAGAAUUACAAAAUGCUUUAUUGCUAAAGGACAAGAAAGCAUCAAAUGAAGUUAAUAAACUGCAGGAAUUAAACUUGAAUGAAAUGACAAAUACUUUAUCUAACAUUCAAACAACUUUAGAAAUACAGCAUAAAAAAGAGCAGAUAUUGGUAGAAGAAUUGGCACACUCAAGAGAAAAGUCACUUAAGAUGAAAACAGUCAUUAAAGAAUAUUCGGAAAAGGAGGAAAGAAUACAAAGUAAUAUGAAAUCAAUAUUUAAUGAUGAAUUGAUAAAAUUAAAAGAAUUAUUAAUUGAAAAUUUAAAUGGUAUUGCUAAAGAGAAUCUGAUCGUGCAAACUAACGUUAAAGAUAACAUAAAAUUAAUUAAAGAUGACGUGAUAUCGAUUGUUACAGAAUCGCAAGAACUUUCCAAAAAAUUGUUCCUUGAAUUCAGUCAACAAAUUAUAAAAGAAACUCCACUUAUCUUGGAAAUGUUUAGUUCAGAUGUUAAAAAAAAUCAAGAACUUAAUGAAACGUAUUUUGCAAAUUUGUUCGAAAAUUUGGAGAGUAUUAAACAACAAUAUUCAAAAUUAAACGAAUAUUUUAGUAAUGAUUUCUUUAAAAGCAACCAUGUUACAAUAGUUAAUGAUCAUGUAAACACUACAAAAGCCAUCAUUGAGAAGAGUGUUUCUGAUAUAUUUAAACAAUUUCAACAAAACAUGGAAGCUUUUGCUGAACAAAAUGAAAAAUUGAUAUUGGAAAAUUUGAAAACUGUAUCUUCAGAUUUAAUUCAAAAUGAAAUGAACUCAUUUAAAGAACAUAAAUCAGAGUGGGACAUUUCAUUUAAGAAAAUCAAUCAUUGUGAUUAUUUGAAUAACUCCUAUCACGAUCAAAUGCAUACAUAUCUAAGAAAUAUGAAAGGGAAAUUACAGUCAUCAGAUGAAAUAAUAAAGAAGCAUAUGAAUCAAAUUAAAUCUAAUGUUGAUUCUUUAAAUAGCACCCCAAAACUUUUGAACACAGACCGAGCUAUUGGAGAUAACUAUAAUCAAAUUAUUAGUAAAAGAGAUAAAUUACAUGAUCAUUUACAGAUAUCAUUAAAUUCUACCCAAAAUUCGUUAUUAGUUUUUGAUGAGAUUUGUAAAUCAAUACAAUUUGCUUUUGCGAAUUAUUCUAAAACCAAUUUACAGGAAUCGGCAUUAUUAAAGGGAAGGUUAUUUGCAGAUAUCGAUCCUUUAAAUGACACUAACCUCAAUAAACAAGAAAGUUUGACAUUUGACAAAGGUGAUGCAAAGUUGACGAAAGAAAAUAAUGAAGAUAUGAGCUCUAAAGAUGAGAAUAAAUUAAAUAAUCAAAAUGUAACAUUAAUAGGUUUAAAGAGAAGUCACAUGGAUUUAAAUGACAGUGAUAGUCCUCUUAAAUCUCGAAGAAUUGAAUAA